UCCCACGAUCACUUUCAAGCUACCCAGCACCAAGCAUGCAGACCGUCAUUAUCGUGGGCGCGGGCCCCUCUGGCCUCCUAUUGGCCUUGUACCUAUCACGAGCAGGCAUCAAUGUCCGAGUCCUUGAGGCUGCAAUGGAGCCAGAUCGGCAACCACGAGCAACGCAUUACGGCCCGGCUGCCGUACAUGAGCUGCGCCGGUCUGGCAUACUGGAGGCAAUGCAGGAGAAGGGCAGCUUCUCGCCCAAGAGUGUGUCAUGGCGUGCAGCGGACGGGUCUCUGCUGGCUGCGCUACCCAAGCCUCCCGCCCCCACUGGUGAUGCAGCACCGCCGGAUGGUGUUGUUAGCCUUCCUCUGAACCUCGUUGUUGAGAUCCUCAUGGAGGCUGUCGGGGCUCAGCCCACCGCUCAGGUGGAGUUUGGCUGCCGCGUUGUGGACGUCGGACAAGAUCCUGGCUCUGCGUGGGUUGACAUCGUCAAGGACGGCGAAGGAGAGAAGACCUCUCGUAUAGAGGGAUCAUACGUUGUUGGAUGUGACGGUGCAAGCAGCUCAGUCCGCAAUUCGCUGUUUGGCAAGUCGUUCCCUGGCUACACCUGGGACACAUGGCUGGUCGCCGUCAAUGUUCGUCUACACGACGUUGCCGCGUACCAUGAGGCGUUUUCAGAUGUCAACUUCCUCAUCGACCCGACCAACUGGUUGGGGCGUGUCUUGCUUGCCGCCGAUGCUGCCCACUUGUGCAAUCCCAUGGGUGGCAUGGGGCUCACGAACGGGAUGGUCGAUGUUGGCGGGCUAGCGGAUUGUCUUGUCGGGAUUCACCGUGGCCUCACAGAUGAAGGGAUACUUGACAAGUAUGACUCCGUUAGAAGGGGAAUUUUCCAGGAUGUGGUCGAUGGUAUCACAACCGCCAAUCUCAAGCGGAUCAUGCAAGACUCGACAAUGUUGGCUAAUGUCAUGAGAGCUCCCACAAAGCUGAAGCAUGACUUCACCCAAUAUUACGCUGCAGAUUCACGACCUGAUUCCCAAAACAAGGGAUUAGACGUACAAUCAUCCAUAGAAAAUUCUGCCGUAGCUUCAGCUUGA